UUCUUUGUUCAGUACCACCAAAGACUGUCACUUUAGUUCUGAACAAAACACUACACAAUUUAGCCAGAGAAAAUAUAAACACAAAUGGCCAGAGACAAAACCCAACAACCUAUCCCUUUCCCUACUACACAAUUUAGCCUUACGAUUCCAACACUCCCCCCGAGUUCUGAAUUGUGAAGCUUCAGUUGUUCUUGCUCAUAAAAUUCCCCCCAAAAAAAAAAAAAGAUCUAUAUUGUGAUUCAAUGGAUUCAAAGUCGUUAUCUUUACCAAGUUCUUCUUCUACCAGCCGAUGGAAGUAUGAUGUGUUUCUCAGUUUCAGAGGUGAGGACACUCGUUACAAAUUCACGGAUCAUCUAUACACAGCUUUGGUACAGAAAGGCAUUGUCACUUUUAGGGACGAUGAAAAACUUGAGAGAGGAAAGUCUAUUUCAUCAAAACUGUUGCAAGCUAUAGAAGAAUCGAGAUUUGCUAUUGUCAUUCUCUCAGAAAACUAUGCAGCUUCAUCUUGGUGCUUGGAUGAACUUGCAAAGAUCAUUGAAUGCGAGAAAGAACUGGGAAUGACAGUUUUUCCUAUUUUUCACUAUGUGGAUCCUUCUGAUGUACGGAAACAAUUGGGACUUUUUAAGGAGGCCUUUGUUAAACAUGAAGAACAUUUUGAGAAGAAGAAGGUGAAGACAUGGAGAGAUGCUCUGAGUCAUGUGGGUAAUCUCGCCGGAUGUCAUUUAAAGAAUAUUAGUCCUGAGACCCAAGAAAUACGAAGCAUUGUGAGACAUAUAUCACGUACAAUUAGAUAUAAAUUCUCUGAACUUAAUCAGGGCCUAGUAGGAAUAUACCCUCAGGCCAUGGAAUUGGAGUCUCUUUUAGCUUUAGAUCAAGUUGAUGAUGUUCGGUUUAUAGGGGUUUGGGCAAUGGGGGGAAUGGGUAAAACAACUCUUGCUGGAUUUGUCUAUGAUAAGGUUUGGGAAGAAUUUGACGAUUCUUGUUUUCUUUCUGAUGUUAGGGAAGUUUGUGAAAGACAUCGUUUACCCGCAGUUCAAAAAACCCUUAUUCUUAAACUUUUGAAGGAAAACCAUUUGGAUUAUGAUGAUGAUCAUGAUCUAUCUAACAAAAUCAAGACUAGCUUACGUCGCAAAAAAAUUCUUCUUGUUCUUGAUGACGUAAAUCAAUUAAAACAGUUACGAGGGUUGGCUGGAGAGCGUAAUUGGUUUGGUUUGGGCAGUAGAAUUAUCAUAACAACAAGAUAUAAAGAUUUGUUGCAGAUGCAUUCACUAACUAAAUCCGAAAUAUAUGAAGUUAAACCAUUGAUAUAUGAAGAUGCACAGCAUCUUUUUUAUUUGAAAGCUUUUAAAAAGGAGCACAUUCCAAAUGAAUUUUUAGAACUAUCUAACAAGUUUUUAAACUAUGUUGAUGGUCUUCCUUUAGCUCUUGAGGUUUUGGGUUCCUUUUUGUUCGGAAAAAGUAUUGUUGAAUGGAAAAGUGCUUUAGAGAGGCUCAAAGAAGGUCCUGGGAGAAUUGUUAUCCAAGUACUUGAAAUAAGUUUUGAUGGACUCGAUGACUUACUCAAGGAAAUAUUUUUACAUAUUGCAUGCCUCUUUAAUCAUGAGGAGAAAGAUUACAUAAUAGAAAUACUUCAUAGUCUUGAUCUCUACCCUGAAAUUGGAUUGAGGGAGCUCAUUGACAAAUCUCUCUUGAAAAUUUCGUAUCAUAAUAAACUGUGGAUGCACAAUUUACUAGGAGAAAUGGGUAGGAAUAAAGUUUGUCAAUACUCUCGUGAUGAGCCUGGGAAGCGUAGGAUACUGUGGCUUUAUAAGGACAUUGAUUAUGUGUUGAAAAACAAUAUGGGAACAGAAGCAGUUCAAGCCAUCGAUAUCAGGGGAGCCAAGGAUACAAGUAUUUAUCAUGAAGAAAAAGAGGAAUGUUGGAGGUCGCAAGGGUCAAUUAUAUUGGUUAAUCUUCAGGGGCAGGUUCUAAGCUCUCUAUAUUCGCGAGGGUUAGCUUUGUUGGUUACUCUUCAUGGAUGGGUCCAAAAGACUCUAUCUUGGCGAGGCUUCACAUCAUCAAAAAACCAGAUUGGGCCACUUUGGAACCCUAAUGCCUUUUUGAAAAUGCCCAAUCUUAAAUUUCUAAGAAUUCGUAAUAUUAAUCUUCUGCAUGUCCCCACACAUCUCCCUAAUAAUUUAAGAAUUAUUGAAUGGAGUGAUUAUCCUUCAAAAUCGUUGCCUUAUUUCCAACUAGAUGAGCUUGUUCAACUUCGUUUGCAACGGAGCAAAAUUGUAAGACUUUGGGAAGGAAUGAAGAAUUUUAACAAGCUAAAGUUCAUCGAUUUGGCUAGCUCGUCAGCCCUAAUUAUAAGCCCCGACUUCACUGGAGUCCCAAAUCUUGAGAAAUUAGUUCUUGCAUGGUGUUCAAAUUUAUGUCAGCUGCAUCCAUCCAUUGGGAAUCUAAAAAAGCUUAUUCUUCUUGAUUUAGAACAGUGCACAGAAUUAAGUUGUCUUCCAGACAAGUUUGAAAUGGAGUCUCUUGAAAUUCUUAAUCUUACUCAUUGCUCAAAAGUCAAGAAAAUUCCGGAAUUUGUGGGAAACAUGAAGUGCUUACAGAAACUUCUUUUGGGAUACACUGCUAUUAUGGAAUUACCUUCAUCUAUAGAAUGUUUGACUGGCCUAAAUAUUUUGACCUUGCAGGGUUGCAAAAAUCUAGUGUGUCUUCCUAACACCAUUUGUAGUUUGACAUUGCUUAACAAUCUUGAUCUUUUUGGAUGCUCAAAAUUUAACAAAUUGCCAGAGGACUUGGGGAAUAUAGCAAGUUUGAAGAAGCUUACUCUGUGUGGAACGGCUAUAAAGGAAUUGCCUUCAUCAGUUGAAUUUUUGAUUAGCCUUUGGUCAUUAGAUCUAACAGAUUGCAAAAGUUUUGUGUUUCUUCCAAACACCAUUUGUAGUUUGAAGUCACUAUCUGAAAUUUGUCUUAGUGGAUGCUCAAAAUUUGUCAACUUGCCAGAGAACCUAGGGAAUCUUGAAGCUCUACGUACGUUUACUCUAAAAGGAACAGCAAUAGAAGUGUUGCCAUCUUCCAUUGGACAAUUGAUUGCCCUUUGUUAUUUGAGUCUAAAAGAUUGCAAAAAUCUUUUGCAUCUUCCUAGCACUAUUUGUUAUUUGACGAAAGUAAGCUAUUUUGAUCUUUCUGGAUGCUCAAAAAUUGUCAACUUGCCAGAGAACUUGGGGAAUAUGGAAAGUUUGUCGACUCUUCAUUUGCGUGGUACAGCUAUAAAAGAGUUGCCUUCCUCCACCAUUCGCCUUCAAAAUGUCAUGGGAGUGUGUUUUAGUGAACGCCAAUGGCCAUCAUCUCCAUUUGAUUCUUUGCCAAGAAGUCUAGAUCCCGUGGGUGCGUUAUUGCGUCUCUUAUCAAGUAUGCCUAUAAGAGAUUUGGAUCUUAGGGACUGCCAUCUUUUAGCAAUUCCCAAUGAUAUUGGCUGCCUAUCCCUUUUAAAUGCGUUACAUCUAAGUGGAAAUGAUUUCAUUUCCCUUCCUGAAAGCAUCUCUCAACUCUUUAGACUUAGAUGGCUCUACUUGGAUGGUUGCAAGAGGCUUCGGUCAUUACCAAAUCUUCCAUCAAAAGUUGAUUGUGUAAGUGUGAACAAUUGUACCUCACUAAAGAGAUUGCCAGAAUCACAAAAUGAUUCAUUCUGGCCAUGUCAUUUUCAAUUAUGUUUCAAAUGUAUAAACUGCUUCAAAUUGGCUGACAAUAUUCAAAGCAGGAGUAACUUGUUUAAGGGACAAAGUGGUAAACUACUAGGGAGGAGAUUACCUUCUAUUAUUCCUGGAAGUGAUAUUCCGACAUGGUCUAAAGAAGUGAACAUAUGCGAAGACCCUUAUAGCUCAUUUGUUACUUCUUCCAUUUUCCAAAGAUAUCUAUAUCUACGUUGCUUCCCAAAUUUGAAUCAAAUUUUCAAAAUAAAAAAAGUGAACAUACAGGUGCCUUUUAAUGAGUGUGAUGAGUGGAGCGGAAUUGUUUUGUGCUUUGUUUUUGUACCCAGCAAGCGUCAUCAACACCCAUCUCUAAUUAAUUUUCAAUCGAUUAAAGUCGAUGGAUUUCAAAAAAAUUGUUGUCCAUUUGACUUUGAUAUAGAGGAAAAAUAUGGUAAACUUGAAUCGCAUCACCUUGGGCUGCUCUAUUUAUCUGAUCUCCACAAUUGGGAAACCCCUUGCGUUUCUAUUGAUGCGAAGGAAUUCCAUCAAGUUGAGAUUAAAAUAGCUGUCACGGGCUUUGAGGUGGAGAAAAUGGGGGUCCGUUUGGUAUAUAAGGAAGACAUCGUAGAUCCCAAUCUAACUAUUGCACAUGAAAGCAGAAACCGCAGUGGAGGAGGAUUCUCUUUUGAUCGGAGGAGGAUUGAAACUGUAUAUCAGGUUGCUUGGUGAUUAUGAAAUAAUAUAUUUACCUCUUUUUAAUCAGGUUGGAAUGAUACAAAGUUUUUCAUUGUUCUCUUGUUGGUGCACUUGGUAUUUAAUGGAAGAAGGGGACCAAACGACCCACCUGGGCUCUCACUAUAUUGGUCAUGAUCUCAACUCUCAAGGGCUCAAAAUGGACUUGUUCAAUGGAGGAACUGAUACAACUACCACAUCUGAGACAAAUUUGGACUGACAUUGCGGAAGGCUAUUCCAUUUGUUGCCAUUCCUGUGGUUGUUGCUAAAGUGGAGUAGUUUAAGGACCUUUCCCUAUUUUAUACCAAUGUUGUUACCUGUUAGUAAUGCUGCAAGUUGUUAUUUGAUAAUGUGCUAUUGCUGAAUUGAGUGUAAAUUUUUGGAUAGAUUUAAUGUGACCUUAUGCUCGUCGUUUCCAAUUUUAAACAUGCA